ACGCUCUUGAUAAGCGUCGAGAAUUCCUCUGUCAUACCAACAUGUCUGCGUCCUUUGGAUAACGUGAAUGUAAACAUGCCCGUGACUAUAAACCUUAAAAAUCCUACCCUGAUUUGAGCUUUCGUACAGAAUCAGUCGCGUUCAAGCGGAAUGGCCCUCCGUGCGUGCAGCUGGGCUGUAAGAAAUUCAGUCUGCGCCUCAAGGUUGUCUGUCCUGUCAGGUCGACAUGAACAUGCGUUGCUUUUCCUCAGAACGGGCAUUGCAGCUCACAGCCGGCGGACGAAUGGACUGAGCUUCACCCCUGUCUGUUUUAUUACGUCUGAUGCAUUUUUGAACAGACUAGCAAAAGGCAAAGUGGCAGAGCAAGAUGACAGCGGAUAUCACCACCCAACCUCAGUUCCGCCGCACCACGGCGAACAACUAUCUCUGUUAAUGAGAGAACCGGAUCAACCCGAGACCUCAAGGGUUCUGAAAGUGGCCAUAGUGGGUUCCCCCAACGCUGGGAAGUCCACUCUAUCUAACCAGCUGCUUGGCAGAAAGGUCUUUGCUGUGUCCAAGAAAGUACACACGACACGGUCGAAAACCCUCGGUGUACUGACGGAGGAUGACACGCAAAUAAUUCUCCUAGACACACCAGGUCUCACCACUGCAUCAAAGGUUAAAAGACACAACCUGGAGAGCUCCCUGCUGUCAGAUCCCUGGAGCACCGUGAAGGAAGCCGACCUGAUGCUGGUCAUGGUGGAUGUGGCAGACAAAUGGGCCUGCGAGAAGCUGGACCUGGAGGUGCUGAAGGUCCUGGCUAAGCACCCGGAAGUCCCCGCAGUGCUGGUGCUCAAUAAGACGGACCUGGUCAAGAACAAGGUCAAGCUGCUGGACGUGACGGCCCACCUGACGUGUGGCGUGGUGAACGGCCAGAAGCUGCAGGUCAGGAGGGUGGUCCGACCGCGCCGGGCUGCGGCCGGGACCCCCGCCGAGGCCGCGCAGCCACCGCCCGCCGAGUCCGCCCCCCGAGACACGCCCCAGGGGCCACUGAGCCAGGAGCCUCUGAGCCAGGGGCCACUGAGCCAGGGGCCACUGAGCCAGGGGCCACUGAGCCAGGGGCCACUGAGCCAGGAGCCACUGAGCCAGGGGCCACUGAGCCAGGGGCCACUGAGCCAGGGGCCACUGAGCCAGGGGCCACUGAGCCAGGAGCCACUGAGCCAGGGGCCACUGAGCCAGGAGCCACUGAGCCAGGAGCCACUGGGGCCGCUGAAGAGUCGGCAGGGCUGGCCCCAUUUCAGGGACGUCUUCAUGGUGUCCUCCGUGGACCAGGAGGACGUGGACGCACUGAAGCGGUACUUGGUGGUGGAGGCCAAGGCCGGACCCUGGCAGUACCACAGUGAGGUUCUGACCGACCAGACCCCUGAAGAGGUCUGUGCCAACAUAGUCCGAGAGAAGCUUCUGGAGAACCUGCGCCAGGAAGUGCCCUACACCAUGACUCAGUCCAUUGAGUUCUGGAGCGAAAAUGAAAAUGGAGAGCUGGACAUUGCAGUGAAACUUUACGUCAAAAAAGAAGCACACAUGAAGAUGGUGAUUGGCACGGCGGGUCAGAUGGUGGCACGUAUCGCCCGCGAGGCGGGACAAGACAUGAGCAACAUCUUCCUGAGGGAGGUCCGACUGAGGCUCUCCGUCAAGCUGAAGAACUGAAGAGCCAGAGACAUAUCCAAAUGAUUUAGAGACCGUUAAGAGAUGUGUAUAGAUGGUGGUGGGGGAGAGGGGUGGGGGGGGGGCGUCCUUGGUUUGGAGGGACAACCUUCAGUGCUUCCUUUAUCUGAAAACCGACAGCACGGACCCUACAAUAGAUGUGACAGAGAUGAUGUGUCCUGCAAACUCAUAAAACCACCCGUUAUAUUUUAUUAACUCGAAUCCAUGCGAACCCGAUGAACUGCUUAUGUAAUGUAACGUGACGCCAUUUAAGAAAAUGUGUGAGUCUAUUUAUACGUGUAAGUAUGUGCUGUAAUUAUGUGUUAAAGAGUCAGUUGAAUAAGUUGCACACAAUAAAAAAAAUCAUGUUUUGGAAAUAUCUCUGGCUUUAUAUAGAAUAUAGGUCAGUCAUGACUAGACUCUUUAUUUACAUGCAAUGAGACAUUUAGGAGAGGGGGAAAAGCUUAGUAAUAAGAGCCUCGUGCUGUGGCCCUUUGGAGAGCAGUGCACCGUGCAGUGGACUCCCUUUACACUAACGUGAGGAACGGAUAUAGCUGAGGUUAGCGGUUAUGGUCACUCGGAUGUCCCCGAUGCACCAUCCCACUAUUCCCCACUCCGCCUCCCCCCUCCCCUUGCUGUACUUUCGUCCACCUCGUUAGAAGUACAGCCAUCCCCUCCCGGAGUCUCCUUUUUCUUUAUCCCUGCCGUCCCGUGCGUUUUUUCUCUUCCUUAUCCGUCCUCAUAUCUCGCUCUCUCACGCACGCGCGCGCUCUCUCUCCUUUUCUCUCCCUUUCUCUCACUUCCUCUCGUCUUUCAAAGCCUAGCUCCGCCGCCCUCCCCGAGGACGGAAUUGUCUCCCCUUAAUGGAACGUUAACCUGAUGCUAAAAAUGGGUCAGAUAAUGGUGAUUAGAUUCAUCCGCUGCCCCCCCCCCCCCCCCCCCCCGGCGCUUACUCCGUCCGGAGCAUUGUGACGAAUAACUAGCCGUUGGCCCGGAGGAGGAGAGCGAUAGAGUAUAAGAGAGAGUGAGGUAGUGAUGUUCGUCUCUCCCUCUCUGCAGCUGCUCCCCUGUGAUUAGACUAGCAGUUGCAAAGCGGAGAUCUUCACAAAAGACAACGUUGUUGUUUUUUUACAGGGCUACGCAAGGUAGAAGCUUCCACGAAACGAUUUAAGCCAAGGCUAGUUAUUUAUUUUGCACAAUAUAGUCAUUCAAACUGCGUUAAUGGCCCCUAA